AUGUGUCAUGUGCUACCAUAUGUUGAUGUGUUGAUUCUGUGUGGAGGGUCCAUUUCGGGGGUGACCGUAAGAGGCCUUCCCGUGGCGCAAGAAAGGAUCAAGACAAUCGCUAUAGUUGGCCAGGAUGCCAAGAUGCCAAAUCUGAACUGUAAUGACUCGGGGGAGUGUAACGAUGGGAUGAUGAGCAUUGGCUGGGGCUCUGGUACCAACUCGUUGCAAUACAUUGUCCCGCCAAUCGAUGCCAUUACCGAUUUCGUUGGCAGUUCGGCAACGAUAAAUUCGUCUUUGUCCAAUGAUUUAUCUGCUGGUCCUGCCGCUGCGAAAGGGAAGGAUCUAGCCAUUGUAUUUGUAAAUGCAAUGAGUGGUGAACUCCAGGGUUAUGAGAAUGUGGCGGGCAAUAUGGGUGAUAGGAAUGAUUUGGACCUCUGGUACAAAGGUGGCAGUCUCGUUAAAGCUGUUGCCGCUGUUUGUAACAACACCGUUGUGGUUGUGCAUUCGGUUGGACCGGUCUAUACGGACUGGAGUACGCAUGUUAACAUAUCGGCAGUGAUAUAUGCUGGUGCUCCCGGUGAACAGACCGGACCCAGUAUUGUUGAUAUUAUUUGGGGAGCCAUCAAUCCUAGCGGACGGCUCCCCUUCUCCAUUGCAUAUGACGAAGACGCAUAUGGCACCGAAAUUGUAUACGACAUUCUCGGCUCUCCCACCAUUACUUACACCGAGAAGCUGCUCCUCGAUUACCGUUACAUGGAUCAACAGGGAAUUACGCCUCAGUUCAAAUUUGGCUUUGGUUUGUCGUUCACGACCUUUUCAUACUCGUCUCUUUCCAUUACUUCCUCUGGAAGUUCCAAAGUGAUAUCAUUCAAUAUUGCCAACACCGGGGCUUUUGACGGGACCGAGAUUCCCCAGAUGUACCUCGGUUUUCCCGAUGGUGCCGGAGAACCUCAGAAAGUGCUAAGGGGCUUCGAUGAAGUUGUUCUAGCGGUUGGAGAAACAAGUACCGUUAGCAUGACCAUCUCCCAGAAGGAAAUGAGUAUAUGGGAUGUUCUGAGUCAAUCAUGGGUGAAACCCUCGGGUACUUUUACAGUGUAUGUUGGAGCCUCCAUCAAAGACAUUCGUUUAACAGGGUCAUUUUGA